AUGUCUGCUUCGUGCAAAGCCCAAAUAAAAGAGUAUUGCCAGAACUGCUCCUUUGCUGGCAUACGAUUUAUAGCGGACGAUUCUAAACAUUGGAUAGAAAGAUGGUUCUGGGUAGUUCUCGUAAUCCUAUCGUGGUACGGCUCGGCUCUGCUCAUCAUAGCAGCUUGGAACGCCUUCGUCAACAAUCCCAUUAGCUUCGGCGUGGAGACCACAUACACCGACUGGAGCACCAAGAUGCCCGCUGUGGCUGUCUGCGAGAUGGCCAACGAUGACCAGAUAUACAACGUUUCAGAUACAAUCUGGACGCCGAAACACCUUCUAGACCUUGAAGACGUUUUAAAGGAUAUCGCUUACUUCCGUGGAGUGGCAUACAGCCUUAUAGACGUGUGCUACCUCUCCAAGAACCCCGAUCAUCUCUGUCCCCUCUCCAAUUACUCCUACUACACAGAACUGGUCCGAAGUCCAUGCCCAAAGCUGAUCAGAAAUUGCUCUUAUAACAACAUCGUAUUUGAAUGCUGCGACUAUUUCCAGCCAAUAAAAACUGAUCUCGGAACUUGUUAUAUCAUAAAUUCCAUUCAAACUGAAAAUCCUAGGCCUUAUCCAAUGAUAAGCAACAUUACACAAAAAAGAGGAAUCCUCCGUUUUCAAAUUAUGCUCUUAUCAAUGAUUUACACAAUCGGAGAAGAUGAAAUACCAGGAAUAACGACGCUUUAUUCAUCAACAUUAAAAGCGAGUCUUGGAAAUACAUAUCUCCGUCAAGUAUCAGUUCGAGACAUAGAGAACGAUCCUCUGGUGGUGGAGACGACACCGGAACAACGCGCCUGCCGCUUCAACUCGGAGAAUCAAGGCCUGUACCCACACUACUCGUACAGCGCUUGCAUCGUGCUCUGCCGGAAGCGGGCGCAGUUGGACAUCUGUCACUGCAAUGAUCACUUCAUGUUGAACACAUCGGACUCCGAACGCUGUAACAUCACCGGCAUGUGGUGUCUCCACACCCACUCCAAACAGCUGACAGCGCUGAAGCCGCCGUGGUCGCAGCGCCAGGGGCUGGUCUGCGACUGCCUGCCGUCAUGCGAGGAGACUGAUAUCACCAUCAUCAAGGAUGUUACUACACCGCUACAUCCAAAAAGGAAGAAGGCAUUCGUUGAAGUCAUGCUCCCGUAUUUGCCGACUGAAAGAUUUAAACGGAACGUUGUCAGAAGUCGCCUGGAUUUAGUUGUAUCAGUGGGCAGCACAGCCGGGCUUUUUGUGGGAGCGAGUCUCUUGAGUUUUGUGGAGCUGAUAUUUUUUUUCACAGUCCGUUACAUAAGCAACGUGCUCAUGGAGAAACGGAAACGGAAGAGGGUCAGAAUCAUUUUACCUCGACAUUAACGUCGUGAUUGAUAU